AUGGCACCCACGCUUGCUACCGCCCAUCGCCGGCGCUGGUGGAUGGCGUUCACAGCCAUCAUUGAGAACCUGCUCUUCUCUGCUGUCCUGCUGGGCUGGGGGUCCCUCCUUAUCAUGCUGAAGGCAGAAGGGUUUUAUUCCUACCUGUGCCAUGAGUCAGGAAACACCACCAGCAGCCCUGAACACGAGAACAGCACAGCUUCAGAGCACAAAUGGCCUUCCUGCAAUGCCCAGGAUGAAAUGCUGAACUUGGCCUUCACCAUUGGGUCCUUCCUGCUCAGUGCGAUCACGCUGCCCCUGGGAAUUGUCAUGGACAAGUAUGGCCCUCGCAAGCUGCGGCUGCUUGGCAGUGCCUGCUUUGCUGUGUCCUGUGUGCUGAUUGCGUAUGGUGCCAGUAACCCAGACUCUCUGUCUGUGCUGAUAUUCAUUGCGCUGGCUCUGAAUGGCUUUGGUGGGAUGUGCAUGACCUUCACAUCGCUUACGCUGCCCAACAUGUUUGGUGACCUUCGUUCCACGUUCAUUGCUCUGAUGAUUGGCUCCUAUGCUUCCUCUGCUGUGACUUUUCCAGGAAUCAAGGUUAUAUAUGACUUUGGGGUCUCCUUCAUCCUUAUUCUGCUUGUCUGGGCAAGCUGUGCAGGACUAGUUUUCCUCAACUGUUUCUUCAAUUGGCCACUGGAGCCUUUCCCAGGACCAGAAGACAUGGACUAUUCGGUGAAAAUAAAGUUCAGCUGGCUGGGAUUUGACCACAAAAUCACUGGGAAACAGUUUUACAAGCAAGUAACGACUGUGGGGCGCCGUCUCAGUGUGGGGAGCUCCAUGAAGGGCCCCAAGGAGCCGACAGCCUUGCAAGAGAACAACAAGCUCUGUCUGUCUACGGUGGACCUAGAAGUGAAGUGCCAGCCUGACAACGCAGCUUCUCCCUCCUUCAUGAAGAGUGUCUUCAGUCCUAUCUUGUUGCUCAGCCUUAUCACCAUGUGUGUCACUCAGCUGCGGCUCAUCUUCUACAUGGGAGCUAUGAAUACCAUCCUUGAGUUUCUGUCUGGAGACGAAGAUCAAGUGGCUCUCUACACUUCCAUUUUUGGGGUAUUGCAACUGCUGUGCUUGCUGACAGCGCCUGUGAUCGGGUACAUCAUGGACUGGCGACUGACAGAAUGCAAUGAUGGCUCAGAAGAGAAUGAGGAGAGCAACGCUGAGCAAAGUGACAAGAAAAAGAAAAAGCGUGAUCGUCAGAUCCAGAAAAUCACCAAUGCCACCAAUGCCUUUGCAUUCACAAAUCUCCUGCUGGUUGGAUUUGGAAUCACCUGUCUUAUUCCUAAUCUACCGUUGCAGAUUCUUUCCUUCAUUUUGCACACAAUUGUGAGAGGAUUCAUCCAUUCAGCUGUGGGAGGCCUCUAUGCAGCUGUAUACCCCUCUACUCAGUUUGGCAGCUUGACAGGGUUGCAGUCGUUGAUCAGUGCCCUUUUUGCCCUUCUGCAGCAGCCUCUUUUUAUGGCAUUGACGGGACCUUUGGAAGGAGACCCUCUCUGGGUGAACGUUGGCUUGCUUGGUGUAAGCUUACUGGGUUUCUGCCUUCCAAUCUACCUGGUCUGCUACAGACGCAGGCUAGAGAAAGAAAAAAAACAGAAGAUGGAUGAUGCCAAACUCUUCUUCAAAAUCAAUGGCACUCCCAAUGAGGAAGCCUUUGUUUAAACUGGUGCUUCAAAUACAACCUCCCAUGUACAGGUUCCUACCGCAUCUGUGGGUUCUACCUGUGGUGAAAGCCAGGCUUUUUCUCUCCUGGCUCUGCCAGUCUUUGCUCAUCACUGGAGCGAGGGCCGGACAUCAUGACUGAGCUUUCCUCAGAUAUAUGGCAGGAGGGGACUUCCCACUCCUUACUCCAGAACACAGGACACUUUUCCUUUUUAUGAAGGCCACGCAGAUACUGUCUUAAAUUAUCCCCUGAUCACACUCUCCAGUGGCAGAGUCUCUGCACAGGAAAUUGGAGAGAGAAGGAACAGCAAGAUGGGGGAAGAGGGAAGAAAGACCAUAAUUUGAGUUUGCAAAUGUAACACGCUGAAGUAUGUUUUCUCCCCCUCUUCCUCCAACCUUGGCUGACAUUGUCUCGGAUGCAAGCUGCGCUCUCCUCCCUCCCUGAGGCUUCAUAAUGGUCUUUCUGCUUGAUACGUAGCUGGACCCGGUGGUUUUACUGUUGAUCCAGACAUACCCCAGACUGUUUGUGAGGCAGGGAAGGAGAUUUUAUUCCAUAUGAGCACAGCUUCAGUGUAUUGCUAAAUGUUGGCUGCUAGCACUGACAGCUCCCAAACCUUUUAUUACUGCAAAUGACACAGACUGUGAGCAACGGAUCUGCCUUCCACACUGAAAUGAAGAGCCUAGUGGACUGCUUGGUCCUAGACGGAGCCUUCAAAGGCCUGGAAUGCCUCUUCUUCCUGGCCCGCAAACCACCUGUAUGUGUUUUAAACUGCCUGCGGUCCUGGAACCUUUGAGAUAGGAAUUGGAUCUUGUUUACUGAUGAAGUGCUUUGAGACUUUUUGCCUUUUGCCUCUUCUUCCCUCCGACGUGACCCUGGGAGGGGAGCAGCAGUGUGUAUUUAGUAAAGCGGAGAAGCUUCUUGAAGCUGAAUUCUGGGGCUCCAAAUACCUUGGUGUUCACGUGUCAUGAGCUGACUUGCUGUUGAAAAGAAUCAAGAGUGCAGAACACUCCUUUGUGUCUGGUAACUGGAUCCUGUGGACAUACAGCAGGGUGAUGUGGCGAUGUAAUUCUUCCUCUAGCCAUAGCUUAUUUACAUUGUUCUGAUAAUAGUCCCCAAGCUGCUGAGCACCAGGUUACUGUGACUGACCAAAAAGCUGCCGGUUUGGCUGUAUUAAGAGCCUUCUACGAUGUUGAUGCUCUGUCUGGACAGAGUACGUGGUGAUUGAUUGUAUGGUGAAGCUGACUUACAGAGCAAUACGUGUGGGUAAAGGUGCCCCAGGCCUGUUCACCAUGGAGGGAAUACAAAGGGAAUUCUCAACCUGCUUAUUUUUAUAGAGGUUUUCCUAAGUCUCAUCUAAAGUUGACUUUUCUGCCCUUAACCUUCUUGCUGAGGUCAGUAGCUCAGCCUGUGUAGCCUUGUGACUAGCGUUAACCACUGCACCGUGUGGACCUGCUCAGAGCAGGACGGUGCAGCGUUGAGGAUGAACAUCAGCGGGUGUGCAGCAGCAUGCGCGCUGGGCUGAGCUAGUGGCUGCGGGAAGGUUGGGGGCAGAAAUAAACCAGUUAUGAAGAUGUAGUGGUGGUGCUUUCUGAACUGCCAACUCCUGCGUUACUGCAAAGCCUGGCAGGGGGUAAGUCAUUCAACUUCUUUGUGUCUGGUCAGAAAAGGACAAGACUCAAUCACUGCCCCAUUAGCUCUAAGCUGGGGAUUAGAAACAACAGUGCACUCGGACCUUCCUUUGAGAAAUUACCUGGAAACUGGGUGUUAACUCCUUUUGAAGCAUGCAGAUGCUCAGCCCAGCCAGGCCUUCACCUUCCCGAAAUAGCAAGCUUGGUGACCUCUUGCGCGGAGCCUCGGCAGGAUCGCUGGAAGCCCUGCAGAGUCCCUGGCUGGUGGCCUUGCCAGCGCAGGAUGAUGAGGCAGCUUUGUGGGACAGCAGCGCCAUCUCGAGUCACUGCCUCCAGCCAGCCUCCUGCGGGCAGUUCAGAUGCUACUCCACUCCAUGGUACCUUUUAGUCUUCGGUCACUCGUUUGGAAAUGAGUUGCCACUUGAGUAUUUUACACAUUUGUGGAAUUUUUUUUUAAUGUGUUGCUUUUAUUAAAUGUGUUUGUUCCAAGACAGCCUUAUUGCCUGCUGUCAACACUUCACUCUUCUAGAACUUCUCAUCUUUUGUUGGCCUCUAGCUUUGGUGAUGAUUUAGUGACCUUCCCAGCUUUUCUUUCUGUUGUGUUGAGCAAUAACUAAGGAGGCAGAGUUUUGAUUCAUUUUCCUGUUCACCUGGCAUCGUCUCAAGUAUGUGUUCAGAGACCCACCAGCAGUAGUACAGCUUGCCUAGAUUUCCAGAGGGCUUUCUGCAGAUUUCUGCAUUUCAUAUUACUAUACUUACUCCUAAAUAUUUUGAGAAGAUUCCUACUCUUGCUCACAGAUAUUUGUGACAUGACAAUGACAGAUUAAGUAUCUUUUUUUAGUAAGAGCUCAGACAGGUGAGUGUCUGAGCCACAGUCCUCAGACUCACAGUAUCUUAGAAUAGAGACAGCUGUUGGAGGGUGUCGGUGUGCUAACUCAGCAUUCCUUCCACCUCAGCUUCAGAAUAUUGAAUGUGAUAGCUUCCACUCUCAUGUCACUCAAAUUCCUGAUAUAAAUGUCUUUGAAAAAUGGAAUACAGCGUGGCAUGUUUUCAUGAAGUCACAGUGGAGAUGAUGCUGCCUUUAAAGUAUGUGCAGCUAAAUUAAAAAAAGAACACACUUUUAUUCCUGCUGUCUACCUCCCUACUGCAGUUCCCAGUUCCUGCCCUUUAUUAGGAAUAUCCUCUAACAGUUUCACCUGAUAAAAUGGUGGAUAUAUGUGCUUAGUGUCUCUGCUGCUGUGCCAUGGUGUUUAGAAGCUGCUGGUCAGCUGUGAGGAAUAGAGCUCAGGCCUUUGAGUCACAGUUUCAGGCUCUGUUUGCAGAUUGAGAGUAAAGUGUGCCUUUUGGCUUGCAGUCACAAGGACUAGUGGGUACACAACGAAGUUUUAGUUGUUCAGGGUUGAACAGACAAAGGGGAGCGCUUUCUCAUGUAGUGCAAAGUCAAACUGUGGAAUUCAUUGCUGCAGAACAUAGUGGGGAACAGAAGCAUAACUUUUUUAAAAAGGGGCUGGUUAAACAAUGGUCUGAUGCAUCCACUAACUCAGGGAGAUUUUAAGUUGCUGUAAAUAAGAAAGUUAUGCCAAGGAAAGAUUACUUUUCUACAUGCUGUAUCUCUUAAGAAGUGGUCAAAGAUGGAGAAAAUAUAUGCUGGGCUAGGUGAAACACUGGCCUGAUCUUGUGGGGUUUAAUUUACUCUGACAGUUGUGAACCAAACUAAUUUUAAAAGCAGUCUCAAAUUUAUCUAUCAAAAAAACCUGUAUCUGCAUGCAAGGUGUGCAAAGACUCUACUGAUUGUGGCAUAACUGCUUAAAUGCUGCAGCUCCUGCAGGGGGGAGCCCCUCAGAGGACAGAGCAUUCUGGCUUCAGCCUCUUCUAAACGUUGUCCUGCAUGGGGCAGAAACAAACGCUGUUGGGACGGUCCCGUUACCCGUGAUUGUUCAUGGGCAGUUUGCCUCGUUCUUUGAUGCUUAUGGAAAUGUAAUUGUGGAUUACUUAGGUUUGGAGUGGAAAACAGCAUUGCUGCUUUCUAGCCAAGUGAUGCAGGACCAAGAAAAUUCCUGAUGCACUCUUCUACGUGCAUGAGCCAUCUUGCGGAAAAAAAUUAAUGGGCUACCAAAGACUAGAGAGCCACAUCAAUUUAAAUGAAUAAUGCGUUUACCUGUACAGCUCAAAUAUAGGCCAAUGUGUUUAACUACUUUCAUAAUUCCUAAAUGCUAGAAUUUGUAGGGGUUUUUAUGUCCCUUGUACCCCCUUAACCUCAUCCAUAUGAGAAGUGCAAGGAGGGUGGUCAUGGGAGAGACCUCAUCUCCUCCAUAGAAGCAUCCCCAACUGAACAUAAUGAAGCAGAAACAUGAUCUGUGAGUACUUGCUGUUUGUAGGAGCCCUCAGAGACAAGGGUGUUGCUGUGUAAAGGUGACUGCACCUUCUGGAAACACUGCUCCUGGCCUCUACAGACUCUCACAUGCAUUUAAUAUGCAUCCGUAUUUAAAAAAAAAUAUAAACAAUUAAAUUAACAGAGUGGGGAAGGGAGGAUGUCAGCUUUUUCCUUUCACUCAUCUGUCAGUACCUAAGCCCCAUCAACACAGUCUUUAUAGCAUUAAUGCAAUGAUGCUAUCAAGAGUAGCAGAGGAAAUCUGUGCUGUUUUGCUUAAUAGACACUUAUAACUUUAUUCAGUUACUGUCAUAGAGUAUCUGGAUCCUUGAGAUGAAACUGGACACAGAUGUCUGCAAAAAAAAAAAGAAGAGCAAAUCUUGCUGAGACUCCAGUUUAACUGCAAUGCUGCUACAGCCAUUGAAAUGUUCAACUCCCACGCCAAAGCCUGGCCUCUUCAUGCUCUGUCUACAAAGGAAAAUUGUAGGAUAAUGAGAUUUUAACCAUUCAGUAAAUCACUAAAAUGUUUUAAAGUAGGAGAUGUCCCUCGACAGGCUGAUGAAUUUGGAAAAUAUGUCACAAAAUAUAAAGCAGAUACUGUAGGGUAAAAAUAAUGAAAUCUUUAAAACUACAAGUUUUGUUGCCUUUUUUUUUCCUUUGAGUCUUUUCUGCAUCUGCAGAGCUUUUGGUAUUCCCUACUUCCCAGUUUAGAAGUGCAAAGUAUUCAUAAUGGAAACUAGUAUUACAGUAGGAUUCCUGAUGGGAAGGGACUUGGUUUUUUAAAU